AUGUUGCCUGUUGGCUUCCCAUAUAUUGCCUUUAUUAUGUUAAGGCGUCUCCUUACUAUAGCAUCCCUGUUUCUAAAUGAAGCUGCAGGAGCUCAAACAUUCCAAACUCCCUCAAAUGUUGGUUUAUGGCUGUGCCAGGAAGUACCAAGAUGUGGAGACAGGAUCUACAACCCCUCGGAGGGAUGUUGUGUGGAUGACGCCAUCCUGUCCUUUAAUCAGACCCGCAAAUGUGGCAGCAGUGACUGUCCCUACUGGCCCUGCUUUGAGCUCUGCUGUCCUGAGUCCUUUAGUCUCCAGAAGAAAUUUAUUAUCAAGCUGAAACUUCAGGGGGAGAGAUCCCAUUGCAAUUCAUCCCCUAUCUCUGGGGACUGUGCAGAAAGACACUUUCAUGGAGAAGAUAUUCAAGAAAACAACCUUUCUCUUAGGCAACAAAGUGAUACCCAGAACUUGUCGCUAGAUGGCAAUAGUGCACCAAUCAGAGAAUGCAGUGACAUCAUGAAGGCAACUACAAAAGCAUACAACAGCAACGGGACUUUGGCGAAAGUUUUUAAUAUCGCUUAA